CAAAGCACAGCACGGGGCUGCUUUGAUCAACGUUAACUGUCCGGGAUGUAUUUUUUUACAGUGGGCUUUAAUGUGGUGUUUGGGCAGAGUUUCAGCAUGCUGUAGCGCGCAGUGUAACAGACUUUCUAUCCAGCGUUUUAACAGCCGUUGCAGUCAAUGCACCAACAAACAAAACCCGUGGUGUGGUCCACCUAAAGGAGGAAACCGUCACCUCGGCUUCGACUGAAACUGCAUCAUCGCUCGCACUGACAACGACACUCCUCAUCACAGUGCCAGCGCCCACAAGAAGAAGCAAACCCGCAUAACUGUAGACUGUAGACCCAGACCUAAGCUAGCAGCAGACUAAUGUGCCUCCGCUAGCUAGUUAGCUGAGUUCGCUACGUCAAGAACUUUGUUGGCAGUCUACCAACUCUGGAUAUCAGCUGUGCUUUUAACUACGUGGUUCUGGCAAAAGUACCACUUUAGAUACAGUUAUCGCAGUCAAACCAACUCGUUACACGAGAUAAAGUAUGGACAUAAUGCGUAUUGUAGUCGCAAAAGUUAGGUAACAUCUAGCUAGCUUGCAAGCCAUGCUAGUGUUUCCUUAACGCGACUGGCUGGCAGUUGUGAAUGAAUGUAUCGCAGACAGCAUCGGGUGUUGUCUGGCUGUCGCCCCGUCACUGAAACGCUGAUGACUCGUUAAUGAUCCGACAAAAAACUUAGUGUUGUCUCCUCACACGCCUAGGACAAGGAAACUCGAUUUUAUUUGACAAGAAUCCUUGGAUCUGUGUGAGAAUAGCAACAUGGGAUCUCUGAAGGCUCUGCAGGAGUGGUGUCGAAUACAGUGUGACAAUUACAACGAUGUGGAAGUAAAGGACAUGUCAACGUCCUUUCGGGACGGUUUGGCUUUUUGUGCCAUAAUUCAUCGUUACAGACCCGAAUUGCUAAACUUUGAUGCGCUGUCUAAAGAGAAUGUCUAUGAGAACAACCGACUGGCGUUUGAAGUGGCAGAGACACAGCUGGGGAUUCCCGCCCUGUUGGACCCAGAAGACAUGGUGUCCAUGAAAGUGCCUGACCGGCUCAGCGUCAUCACAUACGUUUCCCAGUACUACAACUUCUUCAACAACAAAUCUCAAGCAAACCCCCCUUGCAUGAAAAGGCUGAGUUCUGUCGGUCUGAAUGAGCCAGCCCAGAAAAGACCCCCGACCCCUUUGGAACACAAAGUGGUUGUGUCUGAGCCGAGCCAGCCCGCGCAGACAGGUGUAGAAGCGGUUGCAGAAGUCAAGCGCAGCACGCUCAGCAGCACCUGCGCCGCCUGCCAGAAACAUGUCCACCUGGUGCAGAGGUUUCUGGUGGACGGCAAGCUCUACCACCGCAACUGCUUCAGGUGCGUAGAGUGUCACAGCACUUUGCUUCCUGGAUCCUACAAAUUAGGAAGCAACUCUGGGGCCUUGGUCUGUACACAUCACAUUGCAAGGCACACUUUAGCCAAUCGGAACGGCCGGCUAGAUCUUAGUGAGAGACCAGUGGCAGGUCAGUCUGCCAGGAUUGGUCGCAGCACAAGUCCUCACACCUCGCCUUCUGAGAGGGACCGGACAAAGACUCCUUCUCCAGUAAGCCCAACAACUGAUCCGGCCAUGCCUGCCAAUGACUCCGCCACAGGCGCUGCUGUUACUACAAAUGCAGCCGACUCUUUGGAGAAAGCAAAAGAGAUGGAUGGAAGUGGAGAGACGGGGUUGAUACCACGUUCUUCUUCUCCUCCCAACCCUUUUGACGAGAGUGACGAAGAGGAAGUAGAGGUGGAGAAAGAGGAAGAGACUAAAACACCAGCCAAAUUAACGACCAAUGGGGACCUUCCAUCGACACCGAUCAGUCAUCAUGAAGGUGCUCGUCGGCCAGUACCGGCACCCCGCCGGGUCACUGAGUCCACCCCUCCUCCCCGUCCUGCCCCUCGUAUUCGGCUACCCCGUACGGCAGACAGCCUUCGAGUCGGUGAAUCCCAGAAGCCUCCAAUUCCUCCCAAACCUCGAGAAAGAUCCCAGUCUCCUGGAAGCCUGUCCGGUGGCACCCAUAAACCCAAAGACCCACCUUGGCUCGCCCUGGUCCAAUCAGAAGCCAAGAAGAAGAAAGCCCCUCCCCCUCCCCCUGUCGGACUUGCGACCCCUCCCAAUACAGGCUCUCUGUCCUCUCUCAAAGGGGACGGCUCCAGACCCGGCACGCCCCCUCCACCCUCCAACCCAUUUGAGGACGAUGAUGAUGAGGUAGAGGAAGAAGAGGGGAGUGCAGGAAGUGCCGUUCCACCCACAGUUGGGGCUACACACCCCUGGUACAGCAUCACUCAGGCAACUGACGCGCCAGCAGCAGACACUCCCCCCAGUGGAGGAAGCUCGUCCCGCUCUGCCAGCCCCGGCAGCGCCAAGAGCAAGAAACGGCCGGCGCCUCGCGCUCCUCAGCCACCCACGGGGCACCACGUUUUCCCUCACUCUCAGCCCUCCUCUUGCUCCCCCUCUCCAGCUCUGAGCACAGAGAGUCUGUCCUCUGGCUCGGACCACAGCUCCUCCCACCCCCCCGCGGGUGGCAGUGCCAGCAGCGACCAGGAGCACGCCUUCACCAAAAGUGUGUCGGAGCCUUCAAUCUGUUCACCGUGUGACUCUGCUUCCUCCUCCUCCACCGAGCGCCUGCCUCAUGCUUCCCUAAGCCCCUACCCUUCUCCCAUGCCGUCAAAUGCCAGCUCAGCUCCGGCCACCCCACAGACCAGUCGCAGUUUUGGGAGCCAAGGGGCCGGAGCCACUCCACCACAGCCCUUGUCGACCCCCAGUCCAUUGGCCUCAGAAGCCACCCAGUCACACAAUAAGCGGAUCUGUAAGGAGAACCCGUUCAACAGGAAAGCCUCCCCCUCCCCUGCUAAAUCCAAAACCAAACCACCAAAAGGCCCUCGUCCUGCCAGACCCCCGGCCCCCGGCCAUGGCUUCCCUCUUAUCAAACGCAAGGUGCAGUCAGACCAGUACAUCCCAGUGGAGGACAUCCACGGGGAGAUGGGGCAGCUGGAGAAGCAGCUGGAUGAACUGGAGCAGAGAGGAGUGGAGCUGGAGAAGAAGCUGAGAGACAACCCUAACGAUGAGGAUGAGGAGCACCUGUUGGUGGACUGGUUCACUCUCAUCCACGAGAAACACCUUCUAGUACGACGAGAAGCUGAGCUGGUCUACACAGCAAAGCAGCAGAACCUGGAAGAGAGGCAAGCUGACGUGGAGUACGAGCUAAGGUGUCUUCUCAACAAACCAGAGAAAGACUGGACAGAGGAGGACAAGAGUCGGGAGCAGGAGCUAAUGGCUGAGCUGGUUACCAUCAUUGAGCAGCGCAACCAAAUUGUCAACAACAUGGACCAAGACAGGCAGAGGGAAGAGGAGGAGGAUAAACUUGUGGAGGCCAUGCUGAAGAAAAAAGACUUCCAUAAGGAUCCGGACGUUGACCAGCAGAAGAAAAAAGGGGCAAAGUUUAAACCCAUUAAGGUGCUCAAGCGGCUGAGCCAUAAAGGAGAACCAGGCAAGAGCCCCCGCAAGGAGAAAACCCCAUAGAAAGGACUCAUCCUCCUCCAUGAGUAUAGGAGGGGACAAGAAUUUAAAGAGGAUAAAAUGAGGUUUCCUACAUAACUGUGUCAUUAAUGACUUGGAAGUGCAACCAAGGAUCCAUUCCCUGCUCACAUCUUACUUGAUGCUUCUCCAAAAACAAGUCUCUUCAAUGACUAUUUUUUAGUUGCCUUUGUGUGUUUUAAAGAGACCGGUUAACAACUCAACUGCUUUAAUAGCUGAUGUGAACUGUACACUGCACUGAUUAGCGGUAUGUUGCUUCACUAUCCUUGCAGUGCCCAGGAUGUCUGCCCUGCAGGCCUUUUAUCAAGGUUCAGCAAAGGUGUGACUCGGCAGUUCACUUUGAAUGGAGCCAGUUGGAUGCACGUUGACCCCUAAUAUCUAAUACGUUUUUAAAUCUGUUCUUCUGCUCCUCAAUUCCAAAGGUGAGUAGCAGAAUAUCUGGGAAGGUUUCAUGUCAAGUCUGGUUUGAGCUUGUGGUACGAGUGGGAGUAAAACUUUUUUUUUUAAAGAUGAUCUCUGCUUUAAAUCUUGCAACAUCUUCCCUUGAAAUGCGCUAUUGACAAUGGAUACCUAAGUUUUUCUAGCUGCUAUGUGAUGAUCGUCUGUGGUUUCCUUGUUUUUAGUUUCAUCUUGGACAGUUUUGCGAUGGUGUGAUUUAUGUAGAUGCAUAUCAUAGAUACAGUAUUAAUGUGUAUGUGACUGGAAACAAAAGAGGAGACUUAAAAUCAGAUUGAUUUAACAAAUGUGAGUUGUACAGGAGAGCCUUGUGGAAACCAGUCAACUGCAGAUGUCAGAAAGGUCACACAUGUUAUAAUGAAUAUUAGAAAAGGCAGAUAUACAGUUUUUUGACAAAUGUAGCACUAGCUUAUAACUUUUAACAGUUGGGGAAAACCUCAAUAUGCAAUCAUUAAUUUAUAUUUUACUAUGCCUUUCUGUAUGUUUCCAUUUUUGCCUUAAAAGUGGAUAGGAAAAUAAUGUGUUAAUGUCUGUACAAGUGCCAUUUAUUUAAUUGCAUGUGUGGAUGAGCGUUAUUUGAGCUUAUGUAAAUGUCAGUAUGUUUACUCAUUCUGUUCCUGUUCCAGCAUUUAGAUUGUCUAUUUGUCCUCCAUUUGAAAUGUUAAUCUCUGUUUCUUCUAUGUGUUAGUCUUCCUGUCCAGCUGGAACCAAGGGCUUGUGUAGCACCACAUGUGUCAGUUAUACAUAUUCCUAAAACAGCAGCAGGAUUAUAAGAACACUGACACUGGAAGACCGAGGAAAUAAAAUAACUCAAUGCAAGUA